AGAAUAUCUGUGAGAGCUGUGCCUUGCUCACUUGGCGAAACUUGGCAAUCAUAGUCAUUCUUUCAAUCCUUCCCUGCUGUUUCAUUUCUCUCUCUUAUUUUCUAUAAUCUGACUCUAUCUCGGUGGUUCAAUGACCGCACUUCUCUCUCUAGAAGGCAAAAAGACAGACCCAGCAGGAUGGACUCCAUUCAUAAAGCAAUAUAUUGCGGAAUCAUACGCUGAGUCUCCAGAUCAAUAUAGCGACGAAUGUGCUAUAUUAGAUCAACUACGUUCGCAAUCUGUAAAUAUACCAAGCCAUCCUAAUGUUUUGGCACGACUACAACAAUACUACGCACAAUUAGCUCAAUUAAUGACAAAGUUUCCAUUGGAUAUCGGAAUUCAGUUUUCCUGGUAUCCAAUCGCUGGGACUGGAGCGCCAUCAGUUGGCCAUAAAAAUGGUUAUUAUGAAAAGGCAUGCGUAUUAUUUUCUAUUGCCAGUAUGUUUAGCGAAUUAGCUUGUAGUGAAAGCAAGGAUUCUCCCGAAGGCGCUCGACAAAGCUGCCUAUACUUUCAGAAUGCUGCAGGAUGCUAUCAGCACCUGCGAGACGUUGUCAUUCAUGAGAUUCGUGUACCGCCUCCUGCCGAUAUGAGCCACAAGUCACUCACGUUAUUGAGCACGCUAAUGCUGGCACAGGCUCAGGAAUGUAGUUGGAGAAAAGCGCUUCUCGAAAAUGUACGACACGGUGCCAUUGCUCGCUUGGCAAUCAAACUAUCCGAAUUCUACCUUACCUUGGCUGAUAUUCUCACAGACGAUGGCAUAGCUUCUUUGUUUCCAUCUUCUUGGGCAUUACAAGUUCGUACAAAGGCUCACUACUUUGAAGCCAUUGCCCAUCAUCGGAAAGGGAUUGAAUGUGAGCAGAACGGCAAAUUUGGAGAACAAAUUACUCGACUCCAGUUGUCGGAUGCGGCUUUGAAACUGGUGCAACAAGAUAUCAAUGGCAGUCAAUCUUUCUGGGGCUCUACUGCAACCAUAAGCGACGCAUUGCUUCGAGAUGUCCAUGAUCUUCAGGAAAUGAUUGCAGAACAACUUGCUUCGGCCAUUCGGGAUAAUGACUCCAUCUAUAUGGACAUCGUUCCUCAGGCCUCGCAAGUAGCACUUAUUCCUGGAUUCGAAAUUGUGAAACCUCUUGUUCCCAUCAUUGUUAGCGAGCCUUUCAACGAGCUGGACCUUGCAGGAGACGAUCCAAAGAAGCUAAAGCCUUUAUUCACAAAAUUGGUACCAUUUGCAGUGCAUCAGGCUAUCAGCGUCUAUGUCGAUCGAAAAGACCUUCUCUUGAAAAUGGACAUACUGAAAAAAAUUAAAGAACUGGAUGAAGAAUGCAACAGUACGCUGCAAGAUUUAGGCUUGCCAUCUUCAUUAGAGGCAUUAGUACAGCCUACUGGACUACCCGAUUCCAUCUUAUUAAAAGCGGAAGAGAUACAGCAUGAGGGUGGAUGUCAGGCUCUGUACAAUAUGUUUGAUAAUGUGGAAAUGCUCUCUACAAAAAACGCUGCUUUGAUUGAUGAAGCGGUCAAUGAACUAGGAAAAGAGCAUGAUGAAGAUGAACGCUUACGACGACGGUUUAGACUUGAAUGGAUUAGACCAACGUCUAUCUCUUUGACUGCUCAACUAUUAGAGAAAGGCGACCAGCUGUCUCAAACAUUAGAGAAUGCUCGAAACGCAGACAAAAUUGUCAGGGAGAAAUUAAAAAACUGGUCCAAGUUGAUCGAUUUACUGUCUCUUCCUGAAAAGAUAAUCGAGCAGUCCAUCCCUUCAGGCACCAUUGAUGAAACGCAAGGGGGUGUCGGAGACGAUAUAAUACAAAGACUCCAGUCCCUAGUAGAUGAAUGCUAUGCCAAUAUACGCGAUAGACAACGCAUAGCAGACGAAGCGCAAUCUAUGUCUGAACAAGAUGAUAUAUCUCCAUUGAUUCUUAAACGAGCAUCCGAACUAUCCGACCGAUCAUCGACGGUGAAAAUUGAAACGUCGCAAUUUGACCCAUUGUUUACUACCGAACUCGGAAAAUACAAUGAAUUGCUUAAGCAAGUCAAAAAGCACUCUCAAGAGCAGUGGGUUCUGCUUAAUAAAAUUAAGGAUGCGAAUAAUGAUUUCACAACCAAGCGAAAAGGUUCAGGCGAGAUCAGCCGUCGGGAGAAGGCUUUGCAGAACCUGGAACAAGCUUAUCUAAAAUUCAAAGAAAUUCGAACCAACUUGGUUGAAGGCAUCAAGUUUCACUCACAAUUUAGCAAAGCCUUGAUGAAGUAUCGGAACAUAUGCGUCGACUUUGUUGUGGCCCGACAAUUAGAAGCGGAGGAACUCACCAGGUAAGACAUGGUGGCAGAGUCAGGCUUUCUGUCCACCCAACUUCUCACUCAAUCCCUUUGCUUUCUUCAGAGAAUACAAUGCUGGUCUUUUCGAUACUUGAACAAAAAUAAUAAAAUCGUUUUGCUUCGUCUCUUAUUGGCUCA